AUGUCUGCGCCCCGUCGCAACGGACAGCUGUCGUCAUGCGAGCCCUGUCGGAAAUCCAAGCUCCGAUGCGACCAUUCGACUCCGAUAUGCAAACGCUGCGAGCGCCGUGGUAAAUCGGACCUCUGUAUUUACCAUCCCGCCCCACUGACAAAACCACGCGAGCCUGGACAGAUUCUCAAGGCAUCCAAAAAACCAACCAAUAGCCAACCUCUCCUGUGCGCGAAGACAAUUUCCGUUACCCAUCUUGGUAGCUCCGCGUCCGUCAGCCUGCUGGGAGCGGCACAAUUUCCAGGUUUCUCCAAACGCCAUCUGUCAGGCAGCGGUUUUCUGGGCCCAACAAGUUACUCGAGCUUUUUCAGCAAUGAGCUCGAACUGGGAGGCCGUUCUUCGCUUUCCCACCCGGACACACCUAUUGAUCCUCAGCGGGUGACACAGGGUGCCCAGGUACUAGCAUUGCUGGAGCAUCUUGAGCUGUACGAGCAGUUGCAUGAGACCCGGUCGAAGUUCGUGCCAGGGUGGCUUCUCGGGCCUCCCAUGUUGCGGGAAUUGAUUGCACGACUAAAAGCCUCCUACCAGAAUGCGGUAGCGGGCUCAGAGAAUAAGUAUAUACGACUCCUUGACCUGUCACGAGUGCUAUUCAAAAAUACGGUGAUCCCGAUCCAGACCAAAUCAUCCAUGAACUUAAGUGACUAUCUCGCUCAAUUCACGCUCCGGUGGGACAUGAUUGGUCUUGUCUUUGCAAUGGCAGGCGCAGUGUCCUUCCAAGUGCCUCACCAGGAUCUCGACAAAACUCUGAAGGACUUCCCCGGAACUACCAAAGAGGGACUACGCCAGAUCGCCGUUCAUGCAACCGAGGCCUGUCUCCAGUUUUGUAAUGACCUAGGUAUCAUUAGCGACCCCUUGGGCUGGAUGAUGGUCCAACAUACAAUCUUCCUCUCUGCGUUGCAUGGAAGUUGUGGUGAUCCUAACGGUACGUCAGACCACCGGACAUGGCAGAUGCUCGGGGAAGUCACUACCUUAGUCUUCGCAUUGGGUCUUCACCAGCCCUCUGCAGACGGCGACAUUCCGUUUUUCUUGGGAGAGAUCCGGAAGAGAUGCAUGGUCGCCGCAUAUGCUUUGGAUAAGGACAUUGCAACUUGUUUGGGCCGGCCGCCCCGGAUAUGCUGGCGCUACUGCAAUAUUCAGUUCCCCUUAGAUAUCAGCUAUGACGAGCUAGUGGCAGAGCCAGAAGUCAGAGAGGCGGCACUACAGCGUCUAGAUGCAACAGGUUGGAAUAUCGAUGGACGAUUAGACAAGGGUUCUCGGGUUCGAGGCUCUCUGAUCGCCAGUCUCUUCCGUGAGAGUGUUCUCGAGGUGUCCUUGAGCCAUGAGCUCGAUGGUUUAGAGCAAAGAGUAUUAGAGGUCUGCCGUAGAUCGGACGACUACCGGUCGGGCUUACCCGAGUUUCUGCAAUGGACGGACGACAAAGAAGAUUCUUCCCUUGCAUCACUACAUCUCGAAUUUUCCUAUCAUCAAUUCCUACUAUUACAGACACUAUGCAAGCGCACCGGCAAAGGACUCGAACUUCUGAUGCGCACCUCGACGGACAUCAUCACGCUACUACUCAAAAUGGUGUCGAUGCAGUCCCGUCUGGGACUCGUUCCACCGCACGUCAUAUGGGAUUUGUGCUAUAUCGGUCUACCCGUCGCCGGUGUCCUGUCGAUUGAGCUACUUCGACAGUCUCAGACCGAAUCGCUCACGUUAUUGGCUACGGCAUCACCACCCUUCCCCCGGUCGGAAAUCAUCCAAAAAUUAUCCGUGUUUCUGGCGCAAUUUGACACUUUUGUUCCUCAGAACGAGGGAGACUACGAAUUCUGUAACCGAGGGCAGAAGGUCAUCUCGCAGGCGUUGGAUCGCGUCUUAUCGGGCGCAUCGUCCACCAUUGAUGCUUCCAACGCGAUACUUCCCAAUGGGACGACUCUUGGGGACGAUAUGGAGUUUAUGGCAUUUUUGGAGAAUUUCGAUUGGGAGCAGGAGGUCCGGCUGACUUUUGGGUAG